AUGUUUAAAAGAAGCAGACGUUUGAAGAAUGUGUCGAAUGCAAUCAAAUCUGCAAGAGUUCAUGAUGUAUCGAAUGGCAUUGACGCUAAGGUUUUCGAUGCCAAGAAAAUAUGCACGUACGGUAUGAAUGGACAGAUAAUCGUUACCACAUUUGAUUACACCCAAAGCCUUUUGGCAGUUGCUACCACUUCUGGUGAAAUUCAUAUUUACGGACAAAAGCAAAUCGAAGUCGUAUUUACGCUAAAAAAUAGGACCCAAAUCAAAGAUAUGAGAUUUGUCAAGGGAAUCUAUUUGGUUGCUGUAGAUGACAAGAAUAACCUAAUUGUUCUUUCACUAUAUUCGAAACAGAUUUUGACGACUGUUUUCUGUCCAAACAGCAUAACCUGCAUCGAAACAGAUCCAUCACUGGACUGGAUGCUGAUUGGUCUCGAGAGUGGAUCCGUAUUAGUAUAUGAUGUGGACAGGAACCAAAUGUCUAAGUUGAGGAUCGAAAACCUUCAAAAAAGCAUGUUCUUGCCAAAAGAAAGACUAUCACCUAUUGUUUCUAUUCAGUGGAAUCCUAGGGACAUAGGAACAAUAUUGAUAUCAUAUGAACACAUUACUGUCAUAUAUUCCUUUGUAGAUGCUAAAGUCAAACAACAUUUUUUUUACCAAUUAGAACCUUAUGCGCCGGGUGGCGAUCUAUCCACAGGCAUAGAGAAGAAAAGGACACCAAAAGUUAUCCAAUCACUUUACCACCCAAAUUCUUUACAUGUUUUAACCGUUCAUGAGGAUAAUUCCCUAGUAUUCUGGGAUGUAAGUAGCGGUAAAUUAAUUCAAGCUAGGAGUAUAUUUGAAACACAUGUUAAUUUUCCAAUUUCUACCUCGAAAGACGAUUCUUUGAAAGAGAUUCCUGCCAUUUUCAAAGUGGCAUGGCUUUGCCAGCGCAAUCCUGAAUAUACGUCGCUGUUGAUUGCAACAAAAGCGACAAAUAAUCUUGGCUCUCCGCAAGAGCUAACAAUGAUUGAUCUGGGUGGAACGCCGAUGUAUUCCGUUACAUCGUUUGAUGCAAUGAGCAAGUACUACGCCAAACCAGUACAACAAAAACUAUUCUCCUUGGCUGGAAAGGCCCCACUUGUAAACUUUCUACCCUUGCCGAAGGCUUCGCCAUUUUUCGGUGGGUGCCAUGAUACAAAUAUCAUUUUAUUACUUUUAGAGGACGGUGAACUUGAGACAUUAAUAUAUCCAACGGGAUCUUUCAGUUCGAAGGCGUCGAUUUUCCCCCGAAGUUUAGCAUGGGUGAGACCGACGGUUACUACCUGUAUGGCCAAAUCUGUCCAAAAGAAGUUAUGGCUGGGAGUGAUGACAAUCGCACAAAGUGACUCAUUCCUGAAAGGUGGCGUGUCUGCCAGCAGAAGUAUUAGAAACCAUAAAACCAGAUGUGCUUUGCUGACCGGACAUAGUAAUGGAUCAGUUAAAAUAUGGGAUGCCUCGCACAGUGAGAUAACUGAAAACGCCGUAUUUGAGGUAAAUACUGCAAAAAUACUCAAUAGAGGUACUGAUUUAGCAAUAAGAAAUAUAUCAUUUGCACCAGAGACGUUGGAAUUGGCAGUAUCCUCUGAGACUGGUGAUGUGGUUCUUUUCAAGUUCGAAACAAACAAGUUCUAUAACCAUCAUCCUAGUAAUGGCGCCUUAGAACUAAAAUUUAGCAGGUUCUCCUUAGAUGACUCAAGUAGUAUUUUAGUUGAUGUAACAGAUAGAAGUCCUUCCAAUGUCAAACAAGGUUUCAUGCCGAGUACUGUGAUCCACGCUAAAAAAGGCACGGUAUCAACGAUCUUGAAUAGUGACAUUGGGUUUGUUGCUAUUGGUUACAACGAAGGGACCUUGGUAUUGUUAGACAGAAGAGGUCCGGCUAUCAUUUUCAGUGAGAACAUUAGAGUUCUAUCCAAAGCAGGUAGUUCCUAUGUUUCUGCGAUUCACUGUUCCGUCAUGGAGUAUGGCAACGAUGGGUAUUCUAGUAUCUUAAUGCUGUGUGGGACUAAUAUCGGGGAAUUAUUGACUUUCAAAAUACUGCCUGCAGCUGGCGGAACGUUUGAGGUCAAAUAUGCUGAUUCAACAAAAACCAAUAACCAAGGUAGAAUUUUAAAGAUAGAUUCCUUUGCCAAGGAAUCUGGAUACAGUUGCUCAGCUACAAUGACGAAAAUGCAAGACUUAAGUAAGGGUGUCCCAAUAAACGGGUUUGUUACGGUUACUGGGGAGACUGAUAUUCGCCUGGUAUCACCCGGUAAAUCAAAGGAUACGCACGCACUUCUCAAGUGUCCAAUUGCCUCUAGUGGAUUGUCAUUUAUUCCUAUUAUAAACGGUAAGGGUGAAAGAAGGCUCUCAACGAUCAUGAUUGCCCUAUUGGUUAAUGGGGAUGUAAGAAUUAUGACCGUACCCGAACUUAAGGAAAUUAAAAACUUACGCUGCACAAUACCCGUUAUCACCCAAUACAUUGAGAAUUCAUCCGUAUUAGAAAAUGGUGACAUAGUGAUCCGCAAUGGAAAAUUCCAAGCGUCUCUGAUUUCUGUAAUCAAUGAAAGCGCCGCCGGAACAAAUCAAAAUAGCGAUAUAUCACAGCCCAAUCCUAUUGAUACGUUAUACAAUCCUGAUUUAAGGAUCAGCUACAGGCCUCAGGUAAACUCUUUACAGUGGGCGAGAGGAACGGUAUACUGCACUCCACACCAACUUGAUGAACUGCUUGGUGGUACUGAAAGACCUGAAUCCAAGUACGAAGAAAGCGCCAUUGCUCAAGGGACUGUAUCUUCCAGUAGAAGUAACACGACUGGGAAGUCAUUUGCCGGUUCAAGUGAACACAUGUACACUAGACCUGUGAGAAAUGGUACUAGAAGCGGUGGAUACGGUCUUCUUAAAAGUGUCUCUAGGGCAGUUGAAACUCGUCUAGACAUGGUGGAAACUACCAUCAAUGACUAUGCAACGACAAUGGGACAAACUAUGAAUGACGCCAUGGAAGAAACGGGAAAAGACAUGAUGAAGAGCGCCGUCGGUUUCUAG